GCGAUAUCUUCCUUACCCGUUCGCCAGAAUCUGCUAUUUACCCGCCCUAGGACGAGUCAUUCAGCCUGACUCUGAUGUCGCUUUACAAUGCGAGUCUCCGUGGCUCGCUGGACGAUCCCACACCGGCUUACGACGAUGUAGCUAGCGUGAGUAGGAGUAAUACCACUUCAUCGAACAGCUCAGCGGGAAGCAGAAUAAGGUGGCAGAUACUUGAGGAACCUGUCAAGCAGCUUCACUUGUCGCCACGCAACUCACGGACGGAACGAUUUCAAUACACAUACUGCCUCAUUGCUGGUGCUGCGCCCCUCCAAUUCAUUAUUUCACUCGAACCUCUCAGUGGAACAGGAUUAACAGGAAGAUACACGUUCCGACUAUCAUUAAAAGUCGACAAAACAGAGCGGCCUCUCAAUGAACCUAUCGUCCUGAACCUAUUGGUAGACCCCCGACAGUUACAGUUCGUGGUCUUCGUUUUCCCAGGAAAGUCGAGCCUUCCUGUUGGCUGUUUAUGGUCUUAUCGAGUGUGGCUGAGAGUUAACGGGGUGGAUCAUCGGCUGUUUGGGGAUGAUGAAUUAUGGGUUGGGAAGGAUCCCGAUUUCAGUUCAGUAGCUGAUGCCUCGUAUGCUCGGCUCAAAAACGUCGGGUCCAAUUCUCAGCUGUACGAAGGGGCUGUUGGCGAGGCACAUCAGAGAAAACCUACUUUACUAAUUAGUACUAAUUAGUAAUAAUUAGUAAUAAUCUGUACUAAUCCAAAACUAAUUUCUAUUAAUUCGUACUAAUCACUAAUUGACACUAAUUGGC